CUUAUCCUCUCCUCCACGGCUCCACGUCUAUUCUCCGAGCGGCGUUGGCGCCUUGGAACAUCGUCAACACUAGUUGAAAAUGGAAGUGGAAGGAUCCUAGUAAUUGCUGAUUGCUGUCGCCUUAAUUUCAAAUUGUUGACGCGCAUAUGCAUAUUAUUUAUUCAUUCCAUGAGGAGAGGGGCAGCAUGUGCCGUGUGGUCGCCGGCCGUGAGCAGUCUCAUACUCUCAGUUAGUACUCUAUCAGUGCAGCAGCUAAGCCUCAGCCUCAGCCUCAGCUAGCUCGCCCGACGCCCGGCCCCUCCUCUGACCUCUCUCUGCGGCCGGCGCCGCUCAUGGAGUACGGCAUCACGCCGGCCGGGGGGUUUCGGUGGAGAAGCUACCGCGACUUGAUCCGGGACGUGUUCAUCGCCGGCGACAUGUACUGCGGGCCGGCGAAGCUGUUGUUCCCGCAGAUCACUGGUAGUGCCGGCGAGGAUCAAGCGAGGUGCGGCUGGUCGAGCGCGAGCUCCGUGGCUUCUAGCCCCGUGGUGUCGUCUUCUUACAUGUCAUCCUCUGGAUCCCCUGCUUGGUCCUCGGCGUCGUCUUCUCCCGUCCACAAGCUCCGCGUCAUCGCUCAACAGAUGGUCGGCGACGGCUACAUACAGGAACUCAUCCGGGCGUUCGGCCGCCGCCGCCCCGACGAGCUCAUCUUCCAGAGGUGGUUCUCGCAGCUGGACGUGGACUUUGUCCUGGUCCUCCACACCGACGGCAUGGUGCGAGCUGACAGCUUCUCCGUGGAAGACCUGAUGGCCUUGAUAAAGCGGUGGAUCCGAGCUCUCCUGACCAUGGUGCAGGUCCUCAAUAUCACGCUGCUCGAGCUCCCACUCCCGGUCGCCGGAAGUACGGAACGGAUGGCGGCGGCGGCGGACCACGCGCAGUUCACUGGGUUCGCGGAGGAGAGCAUCCUCAGGAUGCUGGCCUUCGUCGACGCCGUCACUCUUUCUGCUCUCAACGUCAACGACGACCACCGCCACCGGACGCCGGAGCUACUCCCGGGGAUGCUGCAGCUGUACGCCUGCGUCUCCGAGGCAUGCGAUCUCCUCGUCUCAGCUGGCAUGGGCAAGGACGAGAUCACGAAGAUGCAGGCCUUGGACGCCAUGAACAAUGGCAUCCUGAUGCAAAGCAGGAGGAAGCUGAGCGAUGCUAUCUGGGUCAUGAUGGAGAAGGUCCGGGCUCUCUUCUUGAUGGACGCCUGCUGGCAGGUCUCGCAGGAGGCAGCCGCAUCCGGGACCCAUGAGACCACGGAGCUGACGAUGAACUACAUCACGCUUCUCUGGCGCAACCAUACCAUGCUCGACUACUUCAGCGUGUUCGUCUCCGACGCCGACAGCUUCAGCUCGGUGGCGAGACUCAUCGCCGAGAUGAUCACCUGCCUCGAGUGCAAGCUCGAGGAAACCUCCCUCUCCAUCCCGGACCUGGGUUUGCGCUUCAUAUUCUUGCUCAACAAUUGGCACCGUGUCUUGCAGCGUGUUGAAUCCUUGCGAGACUUGCCAGCGGCCGUCCGGCAAGAACGAAUCCUUCUCCUCCAUGCCUCGGACAGCAAGAUUAAGAGGACACCCCAAAAUCGUGUAAUUGGCUGUGGGACACCACAAAAUCUUGGCUUUGCCCACGGACACUACGAAAGUUGUGAAAUUGGCUGUGAGACACCGGAGGCAAUAUUUUAUAAUUUCCGAGGCAAAAGAGGUCAGAAAAUUUUCUAAAUGACCAAUCUACCCCUGCGCGCCGCUACCUCUAAGCCUGACUGGGUCUGGUCGAACCAGACCCAGCCGGCGCUGUUUCCAUCCUCCCUCCCUCCACAGCCCGAUUCCCGAUUCCCCAUUCCCAAACCUAACCCUAGGCGACGGCGGCGGCGGAGGCGGCGGCGGCAGCGACGGCGGCGGCGGUGGCGGGGCCGGCGGCGGAGGCGGCAGUGUUGAGGACGGCGGCGACGGCGGCCUAGUCGGCUUCGGUUGGUGCGGCGAUGGACAGCUCGGCGUCAUCUUCAGUGGUACGGCGCCGUGGUGGUGGCGAGUUGCCCUUGGGCAAAUGUCCAUUGUGCCACUGAUGGGGAUUGUUGGCUCAGAAAUGAAGGGAGUUGAAGGAGUGGGACGAAUUUUAGUGUACCUUGGAGUUGUGCAAGCUUUAUUAUUACUGUUGAUUUUGGUAGUUGUCAUUAGCAAGUAAUAUGGACUGUAAUAGGCAAUUUAGUAUUUGGAAGCAAUGUAAUGUUGAACUUAUGAAUGCCCUGUGGAAUUAAUGAAUGUAGUAUGGUUUUCAGAUGAAA